ACCAUUCUUCUCUGUUGUCUCAGCCAGUGCCCCCUUCAAAACCCUAACCCUAGAAACCCCAAACCCCAUAGCCAAAUGGGUCGUGUGAUCCGUGCUCAACGUAAGGGUGCAGGCUCCGUCUUCAAGUCCCACACCCACCACCGGAAAGGCCCUGCCCGAUUCCGCUCUCUCGACUUCGGAGAACGCAAUGGGUACCUGAAGGGUGUGGUCACCGAAAUUAUCCACGAUCCAGGUCGCGGCGCACCGCUUGCCCGCGUCACAUUUCGUCACCCGUUCCGCUACAAGCACCAGAAGGAACUUUUCGUUGCAGCUGAAGGGAUGUAUACUGGUCAGUUUGUGUACUGUGGAAAGAAGGCAAAUUUGAUGGUGGGAAAUGUUUUGCCUUUGAGGUCAAUACCUGAGGGAGCUGUUGUGUGUAACGUGGAGCAUCAUGUGGGAGAUAGAGGAGUGUUCGCUAGAUGUUCUGGGGAUUAUGCUAUUGUUAUUAGUCAUAACCCUGAUAAUGGAACUACCAGGAUCAAGCUUCCUUCUGGUGCCAAGAAGAUUGUGCCAAGUGGAUGCCGAGCUAUGGUUGGUCAAGUUGCAGGUGGAGGCAGGACUGAGAAGCCUAUGUUGAAGGCAGGAAAUGCAUAUCACAAGUACAGAGUGAAGAGGAACUGUUGGCCCAAGGUUCGUGGUGUUGCUAUGAAUCCUGUGGAGCAUCCCCAUGGUGGUGGUAAUCACCAGCAUAUUGGGCAUGCUAGUACUGUUCGCCGUGAUGCCCCUCCUGGACAGAAGGUUGGUCUUAUUGCUGCUAGAAGAACUGGUCGUCUUCGGGGACAAGCUGCAGCCACAGCUGCAAAAGCUGACAAGGGUGCAUAAAUUACUUUAUACAAUUUCUAGUUGUUUUUUUGCUAUUGCUAGACAAUUUUGCAAUUGCAGUACCGGGGUGUUUUAUUUUUAAAGCUUUGUCGUCCUUGGGAUAUAUUGCAACCGAUUUUCUUGAUAAGCGACUAUUUUCCAUAUUGACAGUUUGUUGUUAAUGAAUUUUAGAAAUUUGAUGAGUAUUAAUCCUAGGUGGUUUUGAAUUCA